CGCACAUUAUGACUCUCUCGCAUGGCAUUGGCUUAGGUUGGCUCUCUCCGACGCUGCUCAUAUUGCAGUCAACGCAAACGCCGUUAGAUUUCAAAGUUGCUGUCGAAGAUGUGUCAUGGAUUGGUUCAAUAUUUGGCAUAGGUUCGCUGUGCAGUAAUAUAUUUUUUGGACUCACUGCGGAUCGUUUCGGUAGAAAGACUAAUAUGUACCUCUUGGCGCUGCCGCAUAUGCUCUUUUGGAUUCUCAACUAUUUUGCACAGAGUGUAGAGUAUCUAUAUGCAGCGCGUUUCUGUGCGGGUCUAACCAGUGGUGGCCUCUAUGUGGUCGGACCUAUCUUCAUUAGUGAGAUUUCUGAUAAAGAAAUUCGUGGCGCUCUCACUUCUUUAGCUAUGAUGUUUUAUAGUUGCGGCAUUCUCAUCGGCUAUAUAUUACCUUCCUAUCUCGAUUACUACGUUAUACCGUGCAUAAUAAUAUUCCUAUCCAUAAUUUAUAUCGUAAUAAUGGCGUUCUUCCCAGAGACACCAACGAGUCUGAUGCAGCGCGGCAAGGUUGAAGAAGCAGAAAUUGCUUUCAAUUUCUAUAAAAACCUAAAGCCCAAGAAAUAUGUUCGUGAGUUGUUUGUAAAUGAGUUGCAAUCCUCAUCAACGCUAAGUGAAUUCGAGGACCUCAAGGCAUCUAAGCUGCAAGGUGGCAAGACCGCACCCAUUUCGCUGGGCGACUUUUUAAAUCGAACCGCUUUGAAGAAAUUCGCUCUCGCUUUUGUACUCUGCACGCAGAAUCAAUUUUCGAGCAGCUUUGCCAUCGUAAAUUAUAUGUCCCAUAUUUUUGCUGAAUCUGGUUCGACAAUGGAUCCAAGUCAAUGCACCAUCAUUGCGGGCAUAGUACAAAUUAUGUGCACUCUCUUGGCCACUUUGCUUGUUGAGCGUUUUGGGCGUAAAAGCCUAAUGUUACUCUCGACCGCCGGCAUGACUUUGGGAAUGUUCAGCUUUGGUGCUUUCGUACAAUUCACCGAUGAGACGAUCAAAGCUGAAUACAAUUGGGUUCCGCUCUUGGCGGUGGCAUUUGUCACGGCUACGGCCUCUUUUGGUGUAAUUUCCUUAACUUUCACGAUAAUCGUGGAAAUAUUGCCGGCAAAGAUUCGCCCUCAAGCGCAGUCCAUUGCCAUGAUGUAUUGUAGUGUUAUGGUGUUCACCACCCUUAAGUUAUAUCCUUACUUCCUCUUCAACUUGGGCAUAUCAAUCACAAUGUAUUCGUGUGCUGGCUCUUGUGUAAUUACUGGAAUUUAUUUGCUGUUCUUUUUGCCAGAAACUAAAGGCAAAUCAAUGGUGCAGGACUAG